CUUCCGGUGGGACCCUCCAAAGCCAAACUAUCAAAUGACAUGGCUUUAUGUGUUUUCUAAGAAUAAUAAUGUGUGUUUAUAUCAUACGUCUGUGUUAUAUCAUACUUAUAAUUAUUGUAUAAAUGUGAGCAGAACAACAAUGUAAUUCAUCUCAAAUAAAAAAGUGCGGGCUGGCUUGACUGUUUUUUCGAAGUGGAGGCUGGCGUGACCGCAGUCGUCCCCUGUGAGCUUCAGCAUGGCGGUGGAAGCCUGGUACAUGGACAGCUCCGAGGAGGGCCAGAGAAAGCCGCACAGGCGGAACCCCAACGAGCCCGUUUCACUGGACAAGCUGAAGAGGCUCGGGGUGUUUUACUGGAAGCUGAAUGCUGACAUCUAUGAAACCGACCCAGAGCUGGAGAGGAUUCGCAAAGAACAAGGCUACUCUUACAUGGACAUCAUCUCCAUUCACAAGGACACACUGCCCAACUAUGAGGAGAAGCUGAAGAUGUUCUUUGAGGAGCACCUGCACCUGGAUGAUGAGAUCCGCUACAUCCUGGACGGCCAGGCCUACUUUGACGUCAGGUGCGAGGAGGAGCGCUGGAUCCGGAUCGCCAUGAAGAAGGGGGACAUGAUCACCCUGCCGGCCGGCAUCUACCACCGCUUCACCAUGGACGAGACUAACUACACCAAAGCCAUGAGGCUGUUUGUGGGGGAGCCGGUGUGGAAGGCUUAUAACCGGCCCGCCGACGACUUCGACGCCCGGCAGAAGUACUUGGCUUCUCUGCAGGAACCCGGAGAGAAAGCUGUGUGAUGCUUUCACCGGGACCGGGGAUGUGGGUUCUAAUGGUGAUUCUGUUUUGAAAUGUUCUUCUCAAACAGUGUGCCUCAAUCAACAUUAAAUCAAUGCGUUAACACUGAUCAGAGGCAGAGUAGCUUGGUGUAUGCGGAGGGGAGGGCACUUUAACAUUUCAACUGGUGACAAUCCUGUCUACAGAAAGAAGCUUGGGGCUUUUAUUUUGAAACUGACAGUGUCGAGUUAAAAAGCAAUCCCUUUUUUUAAUGUCUGACUUUCAAACUUGGUAAUGCUGCUGGUAUGAUGUCAACAUACUGUAAAGAUAAUAUGUCAUGUCCCGGUUUGCUGUGAAUCAAAGGUGGCGCUCCAAACUGUUAACCUGUUAAAACCUUUUGCCAGAACUGAACUAUUUUCAACUCAACACUUCCUGUUACGGUUUCAAAAUAAAGGCCCUAUAGUAUCCAACUGUGGACCGAAUCCCUUCAUUUGUUAACACCAGGUUUUUAUCUUUGAAAUAUUUACCGUUGCAGUGACUUGCAUGGCUCCAUAAAUUAAUGGGCUACUGUGUUUUAAUUUUUGAUUAUUAUUUACAAAUAAGCCCACGCUUCUCUUUUUUCUACCUAAAAUUAAUAGAAAUGACAGUUCUGAUGAAAUUAAACAUUCUGGUAAUUUUGAAUAGCAAUCUUGGUAAUUUUGCAGAGCAAUCACAUUAAAAAGUCAACUUAUA